AUGGCAAGUGAUGUUUGCAGCCACGUGAAGGUGGUUGUUCGGGUGAGACCAACCAAUGAGAAAGAAAGGAAUGAAAAUGUUCACAACGUGGUCAAAGUUGUUGAUAACCACAUGUUGAUAUUUGAUCCAAAAGAAGACGUACCUUGUUUUGGUUCCCGAAGACCUCAGAAUAGAAAUCUCAACAAGAAGACCAACAAAGACCUUAAAUUUGUUUUUGAUCAUGUCUUUGGGGAGGAGUCCACUCAAGAUGAUGUAUUUGAGAACACCACUAAAGGAGUGCUGGAUGGUGUCAUGAAUGGGUUUAACUGCACAGUUUUUGCCUAUGGUGCAACUGGAGCAGGCAAAACACAUACAAUGUUAGGAACACCGAAUCACCCAGGAGUAAUGUACCGCACUUUGAAAGAUCUUUUUAAGCGCAUGGACGAUGCCAAGGAAGAUAAAGAAUUUUCUGUUGCCUUCUCCUAUCUUGAGGUUUAUAAUGAACAGAUUAGGGAUUUGCUGGCAAAUGCAGGCCCUCUUGCAGUAAGAGAAGACCGUGUCAAAGGUGUGGUGGUUCAAGGCCUUACGCUGCAUGAGCCAAAAUCUGCCGAGAACAUACUCCAGGCUUUGGAUUGUGGCAAUCGAAACAGGACACAACACCCUACAGAUAUGAAUGCGACGUCCUCCAGAUCACAUGCUGUGUUCCAGAUAUAUUUGCGACAGCAGGACAGAGGUGCUGGCCUGAAUCCCAAUGCAUGUGUUGCCAAAAUGAGCCUAAUUGACCUGGCUGGUUCAGAAAGAGCCAGUGCUACCAAUGCCAAAGGGCAGCGCUUCCGUGAAGGUGCUAACAUAAACCGCUCACUCCUUGCCCUAGGGAAUGUAAUAAAUGCCCUCGCCAAUCCCAAGAGCAAGCAGGCUUUUAUACCAUACAGGGACAGCAAACUUACUCGGAUACUCAAGGACUCAUUGGGAGGCAACUGCAGAACUGUCAUGAUUGCCAACAUCAGCCCCUCAUCCAAGUCAUAUGAUGACACACACAACACUCUGAAAUAUGCUAACAGGGCCAAGGAAAUCAAAUCUUCGCUGAAGAGUAAUGUUGUAAGCCUGGACAGUCACAUUGGCCAGUAUGCAGUCAUUUGUGAGAAACAGCGGCAACAGAUUUUACAGUUGAAGCAGAAAUUAAAACAAUAUGAGGAGAAAGCAAUGUCUUCCUCGACCACAAUACAUUCACAGAAGCAAGCAGAAGUCAAAAGGUUGUCAGAAUCUCUGCAGCGAGUCUUCUCCAACCGUGCCCAAAUCAGGACAGAACAGCUGGAUCUGGAGGGACAACUGAAGGAGAAUGAAUUGCGCCAGCGCUACAGUGAGGAGGACAACCUGCAGGUCCAAUACAUCUCUGCCAAAGAAAAGACUGACAAGGCUACCUGCAAACAUGAGCGAAAGAUUGCAAUGCUACGCACUGAGCAGCAGCACAUUCGUAAACGGCUGAAAGAAGCAGAAAUUCGCUUUCAAGAAAAUGAUGGCUUCCUUCAUCGUGCUGAGAAUGAGAUGAAAUUGUUGAAGUCAAAUGAUCAAGUAUAUCAGAUAUUAGAAAAAGACUUGCACUGUCACCGGCUGGAGCUUCAGGUAAAUGAUCUUCAACAACAUAUCAAGCAGAUAGUCAAAAUGACUACACUUCAAGAUCAAGAACACAAUCGUAUGCAAAAAAUGCUGAAUGUGUUGCUGCCAGCAUAUAGUCGAUCUUACACUGCAGGGUAUGACGCUGGGCUAGCUACAUCUCAAGAUGAGUUGAAACACCAUGAACUUGAGCAGCUUGUGCUAAGAGAGCGUGGUGUGACCUGGGCAGACCAGGCAGGAGCAGACCAAGAUGUAAAAGAUUCAUCUGCCAAGAAAACCGCACAAGAGACAAAGGCAUUAGGAAACCCCAAUUUCUCCGGCGAAUUGGCACCUUUCUUGUCUUUCUCACAACUCCUCUACCACCAGAGUAGCCCUUGUAGUAGCAAAAAUCAAGAUGAUUUACUUGCUCCAAGAUGCGCUCGAAGAAAUCUCUCAAGAUUGCUGCCACCACAAAACCCAAAGCCUAUCCCUCAAGAUUUUGAGGAGGGUACUUUUCCUCUGCACUACACACCAGAAGCUGCACAAAGAGAUUUACGGUUUGGUUUCCCCACUGGCAUGGAUCUUAACUUGACUUUUGAAGCUCAACCAACAUCUCAGACCGAAGUAAUCAAUCCUGUCAGUGCCAAUGAAGCCAACCAGAUGCUUAACAAACGACACCAGACUUCUGCCUUACAAGAAACAAGACCACCCAAUCCUACGUACAUGGGCAUGACGUCAGCUGCGGAAGGAAAGCGGAAACACAACCGGGAGAAGGAUGAGAACCUUUCUGCACCGAAGCGUAUUAAGAAAACUCCCUGUGUUUCCACCAGGCCAGUGAGGGGUUCCAAAUUUUCUGGUUCAGCAGAGAGCAAGCCUCAGAGAGCUGUGAGAGGGAUCUCUGAAGGCAAUCUGAACCUCCUUAGACCAUCCAAACCCAAGUCUCAAGUGGCCAAAUGGAUAUGA